AUGGAGCGUUUCUAUCUUCUCAUGUGCGUCUUGCCGUGUCUGCAAAUCUGCCAAGUGGCCUCGGCAGAGAAGUAUCAGCAUGACCUCGUCAGGAGGAAGAGAUACCUGAUAUUCCCUCAGGGUAGCAACGUUCAGUUGGUUUACUGCCUCACGAUCGGAGCUUAUGCCCGCGACGGAGAUUUAGUAUUAGGGCUGACGGCGGCUCUCGCCUGGGAAUUACCGAGUACGAUCGACUCGAAAUUGACGGGACAACUCCAUCGGCGUACCAGAGCUGUCAUCUAUCCGAAAAUUGAAGCUUUUUUACAAUCAACUGGUCUUGAUGGGAGGUCCUGUGUGAUGAGAGCUCUUUGUGAGGCUGGGCAAAGGAGUACAUCGGAAAUUGGAAGUGGCACCUUCGUGCAAGAACUUCUUCAUGCUGUUUUCACAAUUCGAAGUGAUGGGACAAUUUUUGAUAAUGAAGAUAAUCAACAGUACGAUUACGCAUAUAGAUUAAAUGGAAACUGUGCCGCACUAUAUCCCACUUGUAAACAUUCAAUUUAUGAUCUAAACUUUUAAUCUGAAAUCUGAAAGAAAACCUAAGGAUUGAGAUUGUUUAAAAAAGGGAAUUCUUGCUGCUUGCCAAUGAUAUUUGAAAAUUUGUUUUAAUGCGCACAAUUUAUGUAAUAAUGUA